GCGGGGCCGCGGCGCGCCCGAAUCACUCCAAAACAAGUGGUGCUGGCGGGAUGCUGCUCUCCCUACUCUUCCCUCGGCUGAGCCAGCCCCUCCGGAGCCUUGUCCGGGACCUGUCUUGCUCCAGAUGGGGGUGGAAGAGGGCUGGCUGUCCCCACAGGGGUCUGCAAACAACCUGGGCCACCUGCAGCAGUGACAUCACACCUGUUUUCACCAGGGCUUUGGCUUUUGGUGACAAAAUCGCCAUCGUUGACCAAAAUGGGGAGCACACAUACAGGGACCUGCUCAGCCAGAGCCUGCAUUUAUCCCAGGAGAUCUGUAGAGUUCUGGAGUGCUCCAGCAGGGACUUGAAGGAAGAAAGGAUCUCAUUUUUGUGUCCCAAUGAUGCCUCGUACGUGGUGGCCCAGUGGGCCUCGUGGAUGAGCGGGGGCAUAGCAGUGCCCCUGUACAGGAAACACCCCGUGCCGGAGCUGGAGUACGUGAUCCAGGAUUCCCAGAGCUCUCUGGUCAUUGCAGCCGAGGAAUACGUGGGGAAAAUAGCCCCUAGUGCCAAGAAACUGGGAAUCCCAAUGCUGCCGCUUCCCAAGUCCCGUAGCGAUGGAUCCACAGGCCAUGCAGCUGUGGAAGAGGGUCCCUUGACAACCUGCUCCUCGUGGAAAGACAGAGGAGCCAUGAUCAUCUACACCAGCGGGACAACGGGGCGGCCCAAGGGUGUCCUCAGCACCCAUGAGAAUGUGCAGGCUGUGACCACAGGGCUGGUUGAAAAAUGGGAGUGGAAGAAGGAGGAUGUCAUUCUGCACGUGCUGCCUUUGCAUCAUGUCCACGGGGUGAUCAAUAAGCUCCUGUGUCCUCUGUGGGUGGGAGCGACGUGCAUCAUGUUCCCGGAAUUCAGCGCACAGAUGGUUUGGAAGAAGCUGCUGAGCUCCGAAUCUCCCCGUGUCAGUGUCUUCAUGGCAGUGCCCACCAUCUAUGCCAAGUUGAUGGAGUAUUACGACGAGCAUUUCUCCCAGCCACAAGUCCAGGAUUUUGUGCGGGCCUUUUGCCAGGAGAACAUCAGGUUAAUGGUGUCAGGCUCAGCAGCUCUGCCCGUGCCUGUCCUGGAGAAGUGGAAGAGCAUCACUGGGCACACCUUGCUGGAGAGGUACGGGAUGACUGAGAUUGGGAUGGCACUUUCUAACCCUUUGCAUGGAGUCCGUGUCCCAGGUUCCGUGGGCACCCCGCUCCCGGGGGUGGAAGUGCGCAUUGCCACCGAGACCUUGAAGAACGGGGCUCGUUCCUACACCGUCCAUGCUCAGGGGGAUGAGAACAGCACACAGGUGACACCAGGUCUGGAGGGACAAGAAGGGGAGCUGCUCGUGAAAGGACCCACUGUCUUCCGGGAAUACUGGAACAGACCCAAAGAAACUGCAGAUGCCUUCACGCCUGACGGCUGGUUCAGAACAGAGCUGCUUAGAUCAAAGUCCCCUCCAGCCAUUUCCAGGGAGACUGCUGGGUUUCCACCUGCUGUCAUACAUCCAAGUGGCACCGAGCCCUCGGAGACCGAGACGAGCCCAAAGGAAAGAUGCCUCUGGCCGUCUGUCUCAUGUCCCUGCUGGACCCUCCCAGCUGUGCUGGCCCUGCCAGGAGACACAGCAGUGUACAAGGACGGCGUGUACUGGAUCAGGGGCCGCACCUCGGUGGACAUCAUCAAAAAUGGAGGGUUCAAAAUCAGCGCCCUGGAGGUGGAGCGUCACCUGCUCGCACACCCCUACAUCACAGACGUGGCUGUGAUCGGGCCCCCGGACAUGGUGUGGGGGCAGCGGGUCAGUGCUGUCGUGCAGCUGCGCAAGGGAGAGAUGCUCUCAGUGAAGGACCUGAAGGACUGGGCCAGGACACCUCAGCCUGUGCUGGUCCCAGAUGGCUGUAAUGGACUGUUCCAGGGAGACCAUGGCUCCAUACACCAUCCCAACGGAGCUGAUCGUGGUGGAGGAGAUCCCACGAAACCAGAUGGGGAAAGUGAACAAGAAGGAGCUUCUGCAGCGCUUCUACCCAGCCUGAUUCCUGGCCCUGGGGUCAGGGCUGGGACCCCCAGGGGUGCUUGGCCUUGAUCCACGUCUGUUCUGCCUUCAAAGAGGUGCCGCAGGGAUCAGCAGUAGCAGAUCUGGGCUCACUGCAGCCUGGUCCAUGAAUAAUAUCCAAUAAAAGUAGGAUUUAUUUAUCCCACCUGGCCGAGCUGAGCCAGAGCUGCAGAGUUAGGUUUUCCUUGUGUGAGAACCCUUUGCAGGAAUCACAGAAUCAUGGAAUAGUUUUGGUGGGAAGGGACCUUAAAGUUUACCUCGCUCCAACCCCCUGCCAUGGGCAGGGGCACCUUCCACUGGACCAGGUUGCUCCAAGCCUCAUCCAACUUGGCCUUAGACACUUCCAGGGAUGGGGCAGCCACAGCUUCUCUGGGCAACCUGUGCCAGGGCCUCAUCACCCUCAUAGGGAAGAAUUUCCCAGCACAAAUGAAGAAUAAAUACAAAAUCACACAUAGA